GCGCAUUGGAAAAACGUGCCCCACCAUAACUAGAUCCCGCCCACUGCCUCUUUUAUCCAGUGCAUGUACAGUACCUUCAGCAGGGCGGCAGCCUUCAAGUCCCAGUACAGAUCCAGCAAAGCACAAAGACAAACGUUGCCCUCACGCCCUUCUCCUUGGAGUCAGCGAACUCAAAGCAACAACACCGCCAGAAAUCUCCGACCCAAGUAACUGCGCCCAUCGAAAUACCAAAUUACCCGAGUCUCUCCCGCUCGCCUGAACCAAAUCAGUAGAAGCAACCUGCUUCGCGAGGCGGUCAUCUAGCAAACGGCAUCUUCCCGACGUCCCAGCGAUCGGCAAUUCAGUCGACCACUCCUUGAUCCGAUCCAAGCAUAUACCGUCGUCAUGUCCGCAAACUCUCACGAGACGAACGUACGGUGCUCCUGCGAAGCUGCCAAGAACUUUGUCGACUGGUACUACCGCCAGAUCAACGAAGGCAAGUCCAUCUCGCAAGGCUACGUCAACGGCCACGCCGCCUACGAGCGGGCCGGGCACCCGCCCGCCGACAUCUGCAUCAACGGCCUGGUGGUGUCGACGCCGCAGGAGUGGGAGAAGCUGCUGGAGCAGCAGCGCCAGGCGCCCAAGCAGCCCGACCCCAACAAGCGGCGCGUGCGCUACGAGGUCGAGGGCCACAACGUGCACGUCAUCAACGCCGACUACCGCUUCGGCGCGCCCCAGAAGGUGCUCGACCUGCACUCGCCCACCGACGGCGUCCGCAUGAUGAUGUCCGUGACCGUCUUCGGCACCGUCUACUUCGGUACCGGCAAGAACAAGGGCGACGAGUACUGGGAGAAGCGCGACUUCUACGACAGCUUCAUCCUGGUCCCGAACUGGGACGUCAUCGAGAAACCCGGGGUCAGGCACGGGAGGAAGUAUCUCAUCAUCUCUCACAACUACCGGGCGAACUAGGUGAAAAUGGGUGGAUGAUGUGGGGAGAGGGAGAGAGAGAGAGAGAGAAAAGAGAAUCGCUUGAGGCUUGGCCAACAACAUGUUCCUCUUUUGGGACGAUUGACAGGGAGAUGGCGGAUAGCGCAACAUUGUGGUGAAAACACAUCAUCGGGUGGUUCAUUGGGAGCAUCAUCUGGGAAUUGGAUCUUACAAGGCGUUUUGUGAUAUACCUGUGGGCGUUAUUUGGACUUACAGGGGCAAGGUGUACCUACCGGCUUCGGCUCGGGGCCCAAUGAGAUGAACAAUCGUGUUA